AUGCUCAAGAAUUCAAUCCGUAGGUUGGCAACUCAAACUGCCACAACAGGCAAGUUAAACAUAGCACAACCAUCAUCAUAUACAUUGGCAACACUCCGGACAUUUCCAUCCUUGGAGCCUCAAACAUUUGUUCCACUUCCAGCUACGUUUUUUGAUGUACCUUUAAGACGUGAUUUACUUUGGAGUGCAGUAGUCUACGAAGCAGACAAGGCCAGAGUGGGUUCUGGUUAUGUUCCUACCAAAGGAGACAAGCCGUUUUCCAACCGUAAGAUCCAAAGACAAAAAGGUACUGGUAAUGCCAGAGUUGGUGAUCGUAACUCUCCUACUAGAGAUAAUGGUUUAAAGGCUCAUGGUAUCAAAGCUCCUCAUGAUUGGUCUACAGAAUUACCCAGAAAGAUAUACAGUAAGGCAUUCCAGACAGCACUUGCUGACCAAUACAAGAAUGGUAAGUUAUUUGUAAUUGGUGGUGAAUCCGUUACCGAAUCAGACUCUAGCAUUGUGGAUUUUGAAUAUUCUAAUCCCGAAGCCACCAAACAAUUUAUAGAACAUCACCAAUUGAAGAGAUUGCAUUUAUUGUUUAUCACUGAUGUACAAAGAGACAAUUUGAUAAAAUCUACAGAAUACGCUGGUACAAAGGCAGAUGUAUUGGUUAAGGAAGCAGUUGAGGUCAGAGAUAUCUUGAAGGCUAAGCGUAUAUUUAUUGAAUUACCGGCUUUGGAAUGGUUGAUUGGGAAGCACCAAACUUAG